AUGGACAGGAAAGAUGAGAACGGAGGCAGAGAUGAUGUGAUUGAUGGAAUGGGUCAUGAGCCAAAGAAUGACAGGGACCUCUGCAAGCUGGAAAAGGUGGUGCUGGAAGUAAACAGUGAAUUUAUUAUUGAGGUGAAAGAAUUAGACAUUGAAAACGGCACUACAAAAUGGCAAACUGUCAGAAGACAAAAACGAGAGUGGGUCAAGUUUGCCACAGCCUGUCGAGAAGGAGAAGACAACUCAAAGAGGAAUCCGAUUGCCAGAAUUCGCUCAGACUGUGAAGUGAACCAGAAGAUUACAUAUCGAAUCUCUGGGGUAGGGAUUGAUCGACCACCUUAUGGCGUGUUCACCAUUAACCCUCGCACUGGGGAAAUUAACAUCACUUCGGUGGUGGACAGAGAGAUCACUCCACUCUUCCUGAUCUAUUGCCGGGCUCUGAAUUCACGGGGUGAAGAUUUAGAAAGGCCUCUUGAGCUUAGAGUCAAAGUCAUGGACAUAAAUGAUAACCCUCCGGUCUUUACACAAAACGUGUACGCCACCAGCAUUGAAGAAAACAGCGACGCUAAUGCACUGGUAGUAAAGUUAAGUGCCACAGAUGCAGAUGAAGAAAAUCACCUGAAUUCUAAAAUUGCCUACAAGAUCAUCUCCCAGGAGCCUGCAGGUGCACCUAUGUUCAUGGUGAACAGGUACACAGGAGAAGUCCGCACGCUGUCCAGUUUCCUUGACAGAGAGCAACACAGUAUGUACAACCUACUUGUGAGGGGCUCAGAUCGGGAUGGAGCUGCAGAUGGACUGUCUUCCGAGUGUGACUGUAGAAUCAAGGUUUUAGAUGUCAACGAUAAUUUCCCCACUUUAGAGAAAACUUCAUACUCAGCAAGUAUUGAAGAGAAUUGUUUAAGUUCAGAACUAAUACGAUUACAAGCAAUUGAUCUUGAUGAAGAAGGCACCGAUAAUUGGUUGGCAAAAUAUUUAAUUCUCUCAGGAAAUGAGGGGAAUUGGUUUGAUAUUCAAACAGACCCCCAAACCAAUGAAGGCAUUUUGAAAGUCGUCAAGAUGCUGGAUUACGAACAAGUGCCUAAUAUUCAUCUUAGUAUUGGAGUUAAAAACCAAGCUGAAUUUCACCACUCAGUUGCUUCUCAAUUUCGAAUGCACUCAACCCCUGUGAGAAUACAGAUUGUUAAUGUAAGAGAAGGACCCACAUUUCAUCCAAGUUCUAUGACUUUUAAUGUGCAAGAAGGAAUAAAAGGAGAUUCUUUACUGAAUUAUGUGCUUGGCACAUAUACAGCCAUAGAUUUGGACACAGGAAAUCCUGCAACAAAUGUCAGGUAUAUCAUAGGACAUGAUGCAGGCAACUGGUUAAAAGUUGAUUCAAGGACUGGUGAGAUACAAUUUUCUAGGGAAUUUGAUAAGAAGUCAAAAUAUAUUACCAAUGGGAUAUACACAGCAGAGAUCCUGGCUAUAGAUGAUGGCUCUGGGAAAACGGCUACGGGAACCAUAUGUGUCGAGGUUCCUGACGUCAACAAUUACUGUCCAGAGAUUUUUCCAGAAAAAAGAAGCAUCUGCAUUUCCUCCCCAUCAGUCCUUAUAUUUGUUAGUGAUCAUUCCUAUGGGUCCCCCUUUACCUUCUGUGUUGCUGAUCAGCCACCAGGGACAGCUGACAUGUGGGAUAUCAGAUCAAUAAAUGCUACCUCUGCAAUCCUUAUGACUGAGCAGCCUUUAUCUCCAGGACUUUAUGAAGUCCCAAUCAUAGUGAAGGACAGCUAUAACAGGGCAUGUGAAUUGCCACAGAUGGUACAGUUAGUUGCCUGUGAUUGUGAUAAUGACCAGGUGUGCUUGCAAUCUAGUACCACAGGCAUCUACACCGGGGAUGUUACUAAUGUCGUAUAUGGGCCUGUCACUGAGGAUGAAAUUGUGGCUUCAAAUGUUGGUCUUGGACCAGCAGGCAUUGGCUUGAUCAUUCUGGGCCUCUUACUGCUACUUUUGGUACCCCUGUUGCUGCUCAUGUGUUGCUGUAAACGAAGACAGCCAGAAGGCCUGGGGACACGGUUUGCUCCUGUGCCUGAGGGGGGAGAAGGAGUGAUACAGUCUUGGAGAAUAGAAGGGGGCCAUCCCGAGGACAGGGAUGUGUCAAAUAUAUGUGUACCCAUGACAGCCUCUAAUACCCAGGAUCGUAUGGAUUCCUCUGAAAUCUACACCAACACCUAUGCGGGCGGAGGCACGGUUGAAGGAGGCAUAUCAGGAGUGGAACUCAAUACAGGUCUGGGGACAGCUGCUGGCCUCAUGGCUGGAGGAGCAGUGAGGAGGAGAAGUUCCACGAUGGGAACCCUGCGGGAAUACGCAGACACUGGCAUGAACAUGGCUUUCUUGGACAGCUACUUCUCAGAGAAAGCAUAUGCUUAUGCAGAUGAAGAUGAAGGCCGGCCAGCCAACGACUGCUUGCUCAUUUAUGACCACGAGGGAGUAGGGUCUCCCGUGGGCUCUAUUGGUUGCUGCAGUUGGAUUGUGGAUGAUUUAGAUGAAAGCUGCAUGGAAACUGUAGAUCCAAAAUUUAGGACUCUUGCUGAAAUCUGCUUAGACACGGAAAUUGAACCAUUUCCUUCCCACCAGUCCUGUAUACCUAUCAGCACUGACCUCCCUCUGCUCGGACCUAAUUACUUUGUUAACGAAUCUUCAGGAAUGACUCUCUCAGAGGCUGAAUUCCAAGCAGAAAUGGCAGCAUCUGAACCCAUGAUCCACGGGGAUUUUAUAGUGACUGAGACUUACACCACGACUGAUCAGUGCGUACAACCCACCACAAUUGUUUUUGACCCUCAGCUUGCACCCAAUGUUGUAGUGACCGAAACAGUAAUGGCACCUGUCUAUGAUGUUCAAGGGAAUAUUUGUGUACCUGCUGAGUUAGCCAGCACGCACAAUGUAAUCUAUGCUGAGAGAGUACUUUCCAGUCCUGGGAUGCCUGACAUGAGCAACAGUAACAUGACUGAUGGUUGUAUGGGGCCCAUGAUGAGUGGCGGUAUUUUGGUAGGGCCAGAAAUUCAAGUGACGCAAGUGAUGAGUCCAGACAUUCACAUAAGCCGAACUACAUCCCCAAUGACAUCUCGGCACAGACUAACACGAUAUAGUAACAUACAUUACUCCCAACAGUAA